CAUCCUGGAGUUGAGGAACACAGUGAAAUGGAAGUGACUAAUAAUCCACCUGCUGUCCAAGAAACCUCUUUGCUAUCUGUUGGUACUAUUUCAGACUGUUCUCACAACAAUGGAAAUGUUCAGAAUGAAGUUCAACCAGAAGAUCCAAACUCUGUUGAUAUGUCCAAUAUUUCUGCUGUUGAAACUCUAUCAGAAGUGCUUUUGGAAAAUGAAAAUCUGUCAACUCUUUUGGAAAGUGAAAAUCUUCCAACAAGUAACAUUGUGAUACACCGAUCAAAUCUUAAGCAUAACAUGAUUGAUGCAUUUUGUGAUGAAGAAAUUUUAAAUUCAAUAGUUAUAGUUAAAGUUAAUGACAGAGGGCAAAUGGAGAAAGGUGAAGGGCGUGGAGUAUUUAGAGAUAUACUUACAGGGUUUUGGCAGGAAUUCUUUGUAUCUGCUACAGUCGGUGCCAAUGAAAAAAUCCCAGCUAUCCGGCAUGAUUAUCAGAGUGAGCAAUGGAAAGCUAUUGCAAGAGUGUUUGUGUAUGGUUUUUCAAGAAAGAUGCAGAAAGGGCAUGCUUAG